UAAGUAGAUUAUAUUUAUUGUCGACGAUGGUGGUGAACGCUCCGGACGCUCCCGUGCAAGCUGAGGUUAUUUUCCUCAUAGAAGUGACCUCAACUAAUGGAGCGUACAUUAAUGAGUUGAAAACGAAUUAUAUAGUCCCUACAUUAGAGUAUUUUCAUGGUGGCGCCCUUGAGGAAGGUGGUGGUACAGGCUCAGUAUACAGCAUAGUCACAUAUAAGAAUGCAGACUGCCAUCCUGGGCUUCCAGUUGCUACAUAUGGACCAUUUUUUGGCCCACAAGAGGUUAUUGAUAGGGUGGAUAAAUUACAGUUCAUAGGCGGUCACUCAGAGAGCCGUGCCUGUGUGACUGAGGCCCUAGCUACGGCUCUAGUAUGUCUGGACGAGCUGCGACGAGCAGACGUGCCUGCCCACAUAUUACUGCUCUGCUGCAGUGCACCAUAUACGGCCUACGCGGGAGGCUUGGCACCACCAGGCAGUCCAAGCACGCUAGAACAAGCUGCACGUAUGCUAUGCGAGCGAGGCGUGCAGCUGUCAAUAGCGAGCGCUCGCAGAAUAGCCGCUCUACAUGCUUUGUAUGAACAAGCUGGCGGCGAAUUGCUGGCUGCCACGCAGAGAAAUUAUGCGAAGGACCCUCGGCAUCUCGUGCUCCUGCGCGGGUAUAGCCUCAAGGAGCGGCCACCCAGUCCAGCGCCGCCGCCUGUGCCGGAGAUACAGACAGAUGUUUACCCACCUCAAGGCCGCGGGGCCGCACCCGCCGCACGUCCCCCGGCGCCGGCCUUUCCUCGAGCUGCACCCCCCGCCGCUCGCGGCAACUGGCUAACGCCGCGAACUGCGCUCUACGCCAACAACUCAGCCCUGUUGACUCAACUAGCUCAACCAUCAUAUCCUCCUCCGCCGCCAUCGUCACACAAUCCUCAGAGAUUGCCGGGAAUGGCGGGGCCAGGUCCGUCUACGUCGUCGCCAGCUGCGGUGGCGCCGAUGCAACGCGCGUACAUCUGGAGCGGCGUGCUCGAGUGGAUGGAGAAGGGCAAGACACCCGGUGACCAGCAGAAAGUCACCAAACUGCUGCCCUGCCAGGUAUCAGCCAAUUCAAAAGACAUAGAGCCGGAACUGAAAGUGGAUACAUGGCCUAACAAGUUGCUGAUGCAGCUGAUGCCGAAGCAGCUCAUCAGCAACAUCGGAGGUCAGUACCUGAAGGACAGCAAGUCGGUGCUGUUCCACCUGCACCCCAACGAGGCGCUCGAAGCCCUCACCAAGGUCAUGGGCAACGGUUAUGCCGGAUGCGUCCACUUCUCGUCGCCACCGCAGUGCGACAUCAAAGUGCUCAUACUACUGUACACGCCUGACAAGAAGGCGUACCUCGGUUUCAUACCCAACAACCAAGCUACCUUCGUCGACAGGCUUAGAAAGGUGAUACAGCAGCAGAAAAUAACGCAGAUAAUAAAUAAGCAAAUGCCCGUUGGCGGUGCGCCGGGAGCUCUACCUAGCAACAUGCCUACGAGCACUAUGGCAGGCACAGGAGCAAUGCCAACGCCAGGCAUGUCGACGGCUAUGGGAACGUCAAUGGCCGGCUCGAGCGGCAUGGCGGGCGGCAGCGCUAUGGGCAGCAGCGCCAUGGCCGGCAGUGCUAUGGCCAGCAGUGGCAUGGGGGGAAGCGGUAUGGGCAUGGGGCAGGUCGGCCAGAUGGGGCCGGGGACCGUGCCCGGACCCAGCCAGGGCAUGCAGCCGCAAGUGCAGCAGCAUCCCCAGGGUAUGAUGAUGGCGGCAGGCAUGGGCAACGUAGGCGGAGGAAAGGGACCACGACCGGUCACACAGUUGGAUGGGUUGGAAGCAGCUAGGCAGCAGAACCUCGAGAAGAUACAGCACUUGCAACAGACACUAGAGGCUGCUCAUCAACAGGAGGCACAGUUUAAGUCUCAAAUGGACAUCAUGUCGCACCUUCACGCUGCACAGCAGCAGGAGCUGAACUACAAGCAGUUAGAGGAGCAGCAACGCAAGCACCAGCUGCAGCAGCAGCUGCUGCGCGGCGCAGCUGCGGGCGCGCACCCGCCGCGCAUGCGCCCUAUGAUGCCCUCCAACCCCGGCCUGAGGCAUCUGCUACAGCAGCAGCAAGCAGCGAACCGCGGCCCCCGCCCCCCGCACAUGUGAAGCCCGCCUUCGCCUCCGCUACCCUCUGCACAACAACCGCAAUACCGGCCGGGCGGCGGACCACCCCGCCCUCCCUCGCAGAGCCAACAGUUCGACGAUGUCAAUAACUACAACGAUAUCUUUUAAACUGACCAUUAUUUAUCCCUUUCGUGGACAGUAACAGCGUUUAUCGUGAAAUAAAAUAUGAUAGUACGGGGCAGGGUUGUUGCUGAUGCAGGUUUUGUAUUAUAUAUUUUUAUGUUUAGAAAAAACGCGGAAAAUGUACAUCCUUACUGAAUCUAUUUACAUGUAAAUGCUUUCUACAUUCUUUGGUACUUUAGUAAAAUAUUAUUUCAAUUGUAUUGCGCAAUUUAUUAAUAAAAGAAUCAAUCUGCAUAAAAACCAUUAAUCUGCCAAGCUUAAUCAUUGUGGAACUUUAUCAAAUUUAUGUAUUAAAAACAACAUCUGAGUUGCUUUUCGGCUUACAGUCUAUUUUUGGAAGGGUUGUAAAUUAUUCCAGCUUGCCUUUUAAGUCGUGUCACGACUCGAACAUCCGCAAUGAAUCUAUCAAUGCGGAUGCUGAUAUUUGCAACAGCCCUGGUACGGGGUACCCCGUUUCGUUAUUUGGGUCUAAAAAAAUCAACUACGGGAUUUACAGUGCGAUUUCCAAUUGAAGCAUUGUGUGCAACGAGGACGAGAAAAUUAAAAAUAAUGUUUUAAUAUCUUAUAUCUUUUUAAUAUUUAUAAUAUGCUUUUAUAUACUUUAUUAUCUAUUUUUCCUAUGAUUUAGCUAAAACAUUCAGGUGUUAUUAUUAUUUGAAAACAAUUAGAAAUAUUUGAAAAUAAUUUUUUUAUCCGCCCUUGUUGCACCAAAUCGGCAAAUUAAUGGGGCGUUCGUUUUAUUAUUGGUUUUUAAGGAAAUAAAUUGUGAAUCACUCUUAUUUGAAAGUUACUCAUUUCAUUUAUUCAUUUGAGAUUGUGUACUUGAAUGAAAUCCAGUUGUUGACUAGAUAAGUGAUCGCUUUGUAUAAAAACAGAAUCUGUAUAGUAUAGUAUCUGAAUAGAUAAAUGUAAUUGCUGUAAUUGCUUCUUGAAAAAAUUGUAUUUGGAUACUGGAUCACUCUUCUGAUCCAGAUACCUCAAUACCUAACUAUUCAUUGCGUGAUUUUUAGCAUUCUAAAGCAAUGUUUGUAAAAAUAUCUAAAUUGAAAAAUAGGGACUUCGGGUUCUUUACCUCUCACCUACAAAUUUAUUUCUUUUUUGUGAAAGAUGUUUUUGAAAAAUUUCCGCCAUUAUAAAUUUCUCAGUCAUGCAUUACAUUGUGUUACUGUUGAUUUUAUUAUUUGGAAACGUAUUUUAUUUAAGUAUUCAUCCAUCCAUCCUUUUCAAAUGACCAAGCCAUCGACUGGUAUAUUGCGCCUUUAGAUAAUAAAUGUACUAUUAAGUUAGUUAAUGUGUUACUGUUCUCAAUGUUGUAAAUAUAGUUAACAAUGUGAUCUUAAAUAAUGUAAGCAACAAUUUUGUAUUUUGAAUUGUAAAAAAAAUUAUUUGAAAUAAAAUCGACUUUGUUAUUUAUAAUUAA